AUGAAGGACUUAAUUGUAUAUCCAUCUGUGUUCUACAAAGCAACCAAUAUCGAUACGGAAUAUGAGAGUAAGCUCAAGAUAGUGCCAAAUAGAAAUGAAGUUAAAGUGGAGCCGCUUCUAAUGGAAACUACUCUAGCAACACUAUUUAUUGAAACUAAGAGCACCAUUAACAACAUAGAAUUAGAAAUACAGGACAACCCUCGUAAGAGGAAUAUGGCAGAACAAGAA